CAGCUACUACUACUGCAACAACUGCUGGAGCAACAACCACUGUGGCAGCUGGUACUACUGCAACAACUGCUGGAGCAACAACCACUGGGGCAGCUACUACUACUGCAACAACUGCUGGAGCAACAACCACUGUGGCAGCUACUACUACUGCAACAACUGCUGGAGCAACAACCACUGUGGCAGCUGGUACUACUGCAACAACUGCUGGAGCAACAACCACUGUGGCAGCUACUACUACUGGAACGGCUGCUGGAGCAACAACCACUGUGGCAGCUACUACUGCUGUAACAACUGCUGGAGCAACAACCACUAUGGCAGCAACUACAGGUGGAACCACUAUGGCAGCAACUACUGGUGGAACCACUAUGGCAGCACCUACUGGUGGAACCACUGCUGUAGCAACAACUGGUGGGACCACCGGUGCAGCAACAACAGGUGGGACCACCGGGGCAGCAACAACAGGUGGGACCACCGGUGCAGCAACAACAGGUGGGACCACCGGGGCAGCAACAACAGGUGGGACCACCGGGGCAGCAACUACUGGUGGAACCACUGCGGCUGCAAGUACUAAUGGAACAACUGCAAUUUCCACUGUCCCUGCAAUUUCAGAAAGUAUUUCUAGAGGAGAUUGUGGAUCCACAAAGCUCUGUGCAGAGGAACCCUCAGAAUGUGAUCCAACUACUGGAGACUGCUUUUUCCUUUCUGCCAAGCAAAACGGACAAAAAUAUGAUUUUGAGCUCUCAGGGCAGACUGAUGGUUAUAUUGCUGCUGGUCUCUCAGAAACCGCAAGUCAGAACAGCAGACAUACAGCCUACAUCUGUGCAAGAGACAAUAAUGCUGUCCGUUUCUUCACUGGAUUCAUUGAGGAUUCUAGUCUCAAUGUGACUAAUUCAUUGGACUCAAGCAAUGUGCAGGGCACAGUCAGCCAGGGCAAAGUCCAGUGUAUAUUUACAGCUGACCUAUCAAACCCAAGGACCCGAGCAUCAUCAGCAAGUUUCUCUUUGUCUGUUACAACUGGACCUUACGAUGCCAGUACUGGGGUGCUGGGAUCACCAGUAUUUAAGAUACUUACGCCACGUGUAAACCUUUCUGACCCUUCUGCCAACAUCACCAAUCAGCUGUCCAACGACACCACCUCUUCAUCUGCUUAUCCAGUCACAGCCACACAGUCAUUCUUGCCAGCUCUGCUGGUCACCGUGUGCAUGAUAGCUUUCACUGCAAUGUGAAGCAACUGACUCCCACCAUGCCUAAAUAAAGGCAGAACUACUCUAAAAGAUGAACUUUCUCAUGCAUAGUUUCUGGUAUGGUAGAAAUAAUUUAGUGCUGGCUCACCAUUAUUUAAUUAACUUUUCCAAACCCCUUUAAUAUUGUUAAACUGCAAAAGGAAAAACAUAAAUAAUUUAGUUUUACUCAAACAUUUAACUAUGUAACUGCUGGAGUUGUGCUUUGUGGUAUAGACGGAAUGAAAAAUGUGUUCCAACAGAGUACAAAUGAGAAGAAAAUGAGUUGCAAAGCAAGUCAGCGUACAUUAUAUCAUUUGAGUGUUGGCUAACUUUGAAGCCUGUUUUCCUUGUGCAUGUUUAAAUCUAUUCUUAUUCCUAAUUUUUCUUUUUACAUGAUGUGAUUUUCUUCUUUGUAGUGAUGGUGGUGUUAAUAAUCAAUUCGCUAAAUUAUGAAGUCUUUACUGGCUGAUGUGUAUGCAUAUGUUUUUUGCAAGUGGGAUGCAAUAAUAGAGGUUAUAACAUAGGACUAAAGAUAAUUUAAGCAUUUGCAAAAACAGCAAGUAUUAUGUAAUUUUUUUAAUAAAAGGCUGUAUGUCAAGUUCUUUAUACUACAGUUAAAUAAAACUAAAUGAGUGUUA